CGAAGUGCUAGUGCCGCGGCGGCGGCGGCGGCGGCGGCGGCGGACGGCCCAGCCUGAGCGCGAGGGGCUCGGGGGGCGCGGCGGUUCGGGUUGCAGAGCCAGGGACCCCAGGACCCGGGAGGCGGCGCAGCCGGGGCCGCCGGAGGAGCGCGGGCGACCGGCGGCGGCGCGAUGCCACUCGCCCAGCUCAAGGAACCCUGGCCGCUCAUGGAGCUGGUGCCGCUGGACCCGGAGAAUGGACAGACCACAGGGGAAGAAGCUGAACUUCAGCUGUCCAAGGAUGAGGGCGUCCUCAAGGAGAUCUCCAUCACGCACCACGUCAAGGCUGGCUCUGAGAAGGCUGAUCCAUCCCAUUUCGAGCUCCUCAAGGUUCUGGGCCAGGGAUCCUUUGGCAAAGUGAGUUCCUGGUGGGGGUGGGAGUCAUUCCCCAGGAGGUAUGGUGAGAGCUUCAGAGGGAGGAGAAAGAUGAAAAGCCUGGGUCCCUGCUGUGAAGGGCUCACAGGCUGGGCAGGAGAGGCUAAGCCCUGACGGUGUGGUGCAGCCGGUGCUGUGACUGGUAUGCAAGGAUAUCGACGGGCUGAGGAGCUAGGAGUGGUGGGGCAGCCUCACAGAGGGUGGGCCCGGAGGCCAAGCGGACACCUAAGGAGCAGUAAGCCUCAGAGGAUGAGUGGACUUCUCCAGACCAAAAAUGGUCCAGGAAGGGGAGCCUGGGAAGGAGAAGCUUUUGCCUGAGCCGAAGUGUAGAGGUGGUUUGAAAAUGUAAGGUAGGCUGGGCAUGGUGGCUCACACCUGUAAUCCUAGCACUUUGGGAGGCUGAGGUGGGUGGA